CAUCACCAACAACAACAACAACAGGUUCUACUACACAACUUCCACCAUCAUCAUCAAUCAAACAAGAAGGACAUGACAACACAUCUACUAAUACCACCACUGCCACCACAGAUACUUCUAACCAUCAUACUCCAACUGAAUCACAAAUAUCCACACGAUCAUCAUCUAUGCCCACCACUUCAACAACAUCAACAGUAGAAGCGAUGGAUUACAAUCGACCACCUACGACAUCAGUACCCACUACCGAACCUAGUUCUUCUGUGCCUGUGGAUACGUCCAACAACAUGAAUACCACUUCUACUUCUUCAACACAAGCUCAGAAUGUUCUCAAUUAUGCUGAUGCUGCGGCACUUUCACUCUAUCAACAACUCAGUCAACAACAAACGAACGUAGGUGAAUCGAAUGGAUCGAAUAAUCCUUUGGCUACCAUUCAAGCAUUGGCCAGUAAUCAAUAUUUCUUAUCCAAUUUAUUUGCAAAUGUGGAAAACGGUGGAGAUGGAACAGGUGCGGCUUUGGCAGCAGCAGCAGCAGCAGCAGCAGCGGCAAUGGCUCAUGCAACGGCAACGGCGAAUGGUUCAAACGUUACAGCAGCAGAUGCAUCUUCACUAUUGGCAGCUACCAUGCGAUCUCAUCUGAAUGCAGGCAAUCAAGGAAGUGCAGGUACAAACAAUAAUAAUAAUAUCAGUCCCGGCGACUCGACCAACAACAAUAAAAAGAAGAAUAAUAAUGAAACCAAUAUGAUUACAACUGGCACAACUACUUCCACAACAAAUACACCAAGGGGUAGUACAAGUCCGUCAUCCAAACAUACCACCAUCAAUCAUAAACGACGUCGGUCUGAUCCAGCCUUAGCAAAUACUCAAAGUGAAGCCAUGUCGAUUUAUGCGUCCUCUGCACCCAUCACCACCAUGGUCAACAAUCUUCCUCAAACUGUGUAUCCUUGUCUUUUCCCUAAUUGUGGCAAAGCUUUUGCAAGAUUAUAUAACCUCAAAUCCCAUUCACGUACUCAUACGGAUGAUCGUCCUUUUUGUUGUCAACUGUGUAAUACUGCAUUUAGUCGGAAUCAUGAUUUGAAACGUCAUUUGAAAACUCAUGUAGGUGAAAAACCAUAUAAAUGUGGUGGAUGUCAAAAGACUUUUUCAAGAUUGGAUGCUUUGAAACGACAUAAAAGUAAUGCUCGAAAUCAAGCGGUAUGUCUAGAUAGUUAGAUAUAGGUUCAUCUUAUGUCUCCCUCAAAAUAUCCCUAUCAUCUUAUUUUUUUUUUUUAAAACAUAUUGUCAUUCCUCCUAUUCUUAUUUUACUGGUAUUAACGGUAAUUUCCUUUUCCCUUCUUCCUUCCUACAUAUAUCCUUUUAUUCUUCCCAGUCUUCUUUGUAUCUUCCCC